UCGAGACGGGAAGUGUCCGAUUGCUUUGCUUUGCCGCGGGUGAACAGAUAGUGGUUUGGAAAACACUGUCAGAUUUGACAAAUAUUAUAAUGCUGAAGCACAAUUUCUUAAAGACAUCGUGGUGUAAAUUGCGCACGCGAUAUACACACAAGAAUGCUUCUCUCUCAGAGGCAUCCAAAAGUAAAGAGUGUGCAAUUGCGAAGAUACGUAACAUAGGGAUACUGGCACAUAUUGACGCUGGAAAAACGACCACGACUGAAAGGAUGUUAUACUAUUCGGGUCUCAUCAGAAAUAUGGGAGAAGUUCAUCAUGGCAACACAGUGACUGAUUAUAUGGAGCAGGAACGUCAGCGUGGAAUAACAAUCACCUCAGCUGCAGUCACGUUCAAUUGGAAAGACUAUUGUUUCAAUUUAAUAGACACCCCUGGUCAUAUUGACUUUACUAUGGAAGUCGAGCAGACUUUGCAGAUAUUAGAUGGUGCAAUUAUAGUUCUAGAUGGAUCUGCUGGCGUGGAAGCCCAAACAUUAACAGUUUCCAGACAAGCAGACAGGUAUAAUAUACCUCGGAUAAUCUAUGUCAAUAAAAUGGACAGGGCGGACGCUGAUUUUAAUAUGAGUUUACGAUCUAUUGAAUCCAAAUUAAACGUAGAAGCACUACCUAUUCAGAUCCCUGUAAAGAAGGCAGGAGUCUUAGAAGGUAUUGUAGAUGUGACAACUAUGGAAAGGUUAAUAUUCGAUAAAAAAAAUCAAGGUAUGAAUUUAAUAAAAACAAAAAUAACUGAAAGCGAAGAUGCAAGACUAUGGAAUAUUGCCAGUGAACAGCGACGACUAUUGACCGAUAAGCUAUCAGGCUUAGACGACAAACUGGCAGACAUUAUUAUAGAACAAGAGUCUCUGGAUAACGUACAGCCACAAAUGUUGGUUGAUUCCUUACGCAGAGUCACUAUAGGUAGGAAAGGUGUGCCUGUAAUGUUAGGAAGUUCAUAUAAGAACAUUGGAGUUCAGCCUUUAAUGGACAGCGUCAUUCUCUACCUACCGUCACCUACGAAUUUAGAUCGAUUUAAUCCAUAUCGAUGCUUUGAGAAUAAUUUAGCAGCCAGAGUCUUCAAGAUUGUUCAUGACAAGCAAAGGGGAUCAAUUACUUUUUUCAGGAUCUAUUCUGGCAAUAUGAAGAAAGGUCAAAAACUGUAUAAUGUAACGCGUGAGCAAAGCGAACAGUGUACUCGUCUAUACAUUGCUUGCGCUGACGAUUACGAGGAGGUAACCGAAGUGAGUUACGGUAAUAUCGCGGCUGUAAGUGGACUAAAGAGUACUAUCACGGGCGAUCUAGUAACGACAAGCCAAUCUGUAGGCAAUCACGCUAAACAAAUUAUGCUGAAGAAGGACCCGAACCGAUUAGACUAUGUAAACAACUUCUUUGCAUCUGGAGUAAACUUGCUCGAUCCAGUUUUUUUCUGUUCUAUAGAACCGCCCUCCCUUUCGGCACAAUCUGCCCUGGAGACUGCUCUUCAGGAACUGCAGAGAGAGGAUUCUAGUCUGCACGUGAAAAACGAUCCAGAGACGGAACAGAUUGUUCUCGGAGGGAUGGGAGAGCUGCACAUAGAUAUCAUUAAACAAAGAAUCAGGACAGAGUAUAAGAUUGAUGUGGAUCUGGGUCCCUUGCAAAUCGCUUAUAAGGAAACGAUUCAAGAUGCCGUUAAAGAUACACUAUGUCUGGAGCACAAGAUGGGCCAUACGACGCAUAAAGUUACUAUCACUAUGUCUUUAAUACCUAAUUAUGAGGGAAAAGAAAAAUUGCUUCUGGACAGGUCUCCAGAUAAUGCUUCGAAUAUCGAUAGUAUUCAUCCACGAGCAAUAAGCGCGAUUAAAAACGGUGUGAACGCUGCAUUGCUACAUGGUGUGAAAUUAAAUUGUCCGGUGAUUAAUGUUGGCGUCAAGCUCCACUGGCUGGAGGUAGCACGCGGUACCUCAGAUACCAUUAUUUCUGCCGCUGUCUCACAAUGCAUUCGAAAGUUAUUUCAAGAUGGAAAUAGCAUGUUAUUAGAACCCAUAAUGCAACUGGAAAUCAUUACACCAGAGGAAUAUUCAUCGAGUAUCAAUGCUGAUCUUACUCGUAGACGAGCAGUAAUACAACAAAUUGAUAUGCGUGGCAAUAAUAAAGUGAUCAGAACUCUCGCGCCACUAUCGGAAUUAUUGGGAUAUUCAACAACAUUGAGAAUCAUCACAUCGGGCAAUGCAAUGUUUUCAUUGGAAUUUAAUGACUAUCAACUAAUGACUCCUAUCAACGAAAAACAAGCUAUCGAAAAAAUUAAAGGAUUUUAAAAUGAAUACUACUUCUAUUGAUAGUAGAAGCAAUGAACAGAGAGAUAAUAUUACUGAAAGUACAAUUUCACUUCAUUUUAUUGACUCAAUCUAAUCAAAAUAUAUUGCAACAUUAUCAUUGGUGCGUUACAAUCUCCAUAUACAAUUCUCAAUAGCGACUACUAAAUAUGAUACAGAAAGCUUUUUAUAAUCAAUCGGAGCAGAAAAAUCGCUAGUUGGCUAUCAGAAAAUCAUCAUUACAGUUUUUAUUCAUGCAUCAUAACUAGUAGUCGCGCAUAAAUAUAUUAAUAUUGCUUAAGAUCAUGCAAAAAUGUCAUACGUCGUAAAAUAUAUGUAUAUAUUAUAUUGUAUGGAGGGAUUAAAUGUUAUAAUGUCGUGUAAGACUGGAAAAACGACAGCCGCGUAUAAAAAUUUAUGCUAACGCGGAUAACACAAAAGCGAGAUUUGCUUUUUAAUGU